GGUUAUAAAGCAAAUGUCAACUAUUGGCGUACCAUCUUACUUGAUUGUAAUCUCCAUGGUUAUCUCAAUACAGGAGACCAUGUCUGUAUGAUCCAUCAAAGUGAAUUACCCGAGUUAUUCUAUCAAUCCAAGCUGGACAAACCUUUAUGCCUUGAUACUGUGAUUACAUGAGAAAGGACACCAAAUACCUCUUGACUCAAAAAGAAUAUGAACAUACAUACCCUGUCACAACCACCAAUCCCUCCAGUCUCAACUGGUUGCGAUGGUUUGUUGACUGGAUCUUACCCUCAACACCUUCUGAUGUGUAUAUUGUGAUGCCUACCAUUGAUGAAUAUGCCAAAAUCAUGGUUCAACAACACUACAAGAAACCACUCUGUAGUGCCUUGGACAACUUGUUUACAUGGGAUGAAUUUAAAGCACAGUAUCGAGCUAUCCCCUGUUAUCAAGAGACAUGCGUCCAAUUGAGUGAUAUGGACUUGUGGUUUGUUUUACGUUAUUUAGUGCAUCAUUAUGGUGUCGCUGUUCAAGAUACAUUCAAAACAUUUGGACACCAAAGCACAGUCAUUAAAUUCCCAGAGCGUACUGAAUCAGAACGGACUAAGGCAGUCAUCAGUCAAGAAGAUAAAGCAAUCGUGAGUCUCAAGGCAGCCUGUACUGCUUUGCAUUAUCAAGUAGAUCAAUUAGAGAUCAAAGCACAAGAAUUCCUUCAAGUUGCUCAACAGCAUUACACAUUCCAUCGAAAACCACAAGCCAUGUUCAUGUUGCGUAAAAAGAAACAAAUUGAGCAUUUGCUGGAACAACGUUACAAGACUUUGGAUACAAUGGAGACUGUCUUGUUGAAGAUUGAAGCCUCUCAAAAUGAUCUUUAUAUGGUACAGGCAUUUAACUUGGGCACAGAGACAUUAAGAAAGAUGCUGGCUCAUCAUUCAUUUGAUAAAAUACAAGAGACCAUGGAUGAAUUACAAGAAGCUCUAGAUGACCAUGAACAAGUAGAACAUGCAUUGACACAGGGUCAUCACGUGAUUGUAGACCAGGAUGAACAAGCACUAGAAGAACAACUUGAGUCACUUGCAUUGGAAGAACAAGCAUUGACACAGCCUAUUGAUACUCAAUCUGAAUUAAUGCGUCUUCAACAAGUAUUGUCUUCUUUAAAUGUACCUUCACAUACUACAAAGCAAAAGCAAGCUCAAUUAGCAUAAGUACCACGUCAUUUUGAGUUGCGACUAUUUAUUUUAUUUUUUUCAAUAAAAAGCCUCCCCCCUUUUUUUUCCUAUCAACAUGUCAUAUUACGGAGACAGAGAUCGUGGUGAUCGUGAAAGAGGUGGAGAUCGAGCAAGACCCAAUCCUUGUCGACUUUAUGUGGGUAAGCAAU